UGAUGGGUCGUAUUCGGUUAGUUAGGUAGCGUGUAUCUCGUCUUGUGCCGCACAGUAAUGGCGGACUUGGCGCAAAGUGAGCUGAGAGGUUGAGCUGUAGGCUUGCUACUUCAGCCUGCUAGCUACUUAAGUAAUGCUUUAGAAGUGUCCACAGAGUAAAGGUGAAGAUGAUUAAAAAGGGGCGUGUAUACGUAGAAAAUGCAUUCUUUUAUUUUUAAGAAACGCUAAGCUGAUGUCAGGGGAAACACCUCUGCACGCAGAACCCCGAACUAGUUAGCUAAUGAGACUUAGCUAGCUAGCUAUAUGGUUGAAACCACAAACAUUAAGUAGUUAUUCCACCCUGCUACCUGUCUUAUAGAGCACCAUUUAUUUUGUGCGGGAUCAUUUUGGGCAAAUUAGUGAGCUAGCGUAAUGCAAUCACAUGUUGCUCAAGCAUACAAAUAACAGCGCUGUUAUACGAGCGCUGUGUGUUUGGAUGUAUGCUCAGGCAGUUUAAAACGAUAAUUGUAGUGAUUUCAUUUAUGAAAGUUUAAAUGGAAACAUAAUGGUACGUUUCGGUAUGCAGCAAGCUGCAUGGAGUCAGAUCCUGUAGUGAAUUCGUGUGUGCCAUGUCAGCUCAUGAGAAGUCCAGGUCGUGUUUACGUUCUUGCCGAAUGUCCCCAUAGAUCCAUAAUCAGUGGAAGAUAUGCUACUUGUGUGAACUUCGUGUUCAGUAGGCCCAGAUGAGGGGUGGUAAACCGCUACCACGGUGUUCUUUCAAUAUAUUCAACCCGUUGAUAGUAUGCUGCGAGAAAGUUCACUUCAUAUAUAUUUAUUUACGCGUUUGCAAACUUGUUUUGGCUUUGCCACAGACCCAAAGCGUGGCCAUCUAACGGAAGCACAAGGGAGUAUCUGUCGAUAGAUUUUAUGCUGUAAACCUGGUGCAACAUGGAGCCCUCUGAAGGUCCAGGAUCUUUAGACUCAUUUCAACUUGCUAACGAAACUUUACGACGAGACUUGCUUUCUGCACAGACCAACAUGGAGGUCUCCUGUACAGAUUUCCUGGGCGCAGAUCAAUUCGGUGCCAAACAGCAGGCUUCAGAGCCACCGUCACUAACGCAAUCUGAAAGGGAACGGCAGAAAACACAAAACAGUCUAAGCAUAUUGGGGGACCCAGACUCACUGGAACUAUCCAAAACCCAAGUAGAAGAGUUCUACAGCCGAGUGUUUCCAGAAUCAUCUGAGCCAUCCUCAAGUUCCUGGCAAAAGGAUUCUACCAGCCAGGACCACAUAGAAGCUAAGUCACCAAAGGGAGCCGAGCUGGCUGACACCAGGCACAAAAUGGACACUCGUGAGGAAAAGCAGGACACUGACCGUGAACCGAGAGGACCCAGCCUGGCAGGUUCUACUGACCUGCAGCCUUGCACGUCACCAAAGAUGUGCGAUGAUGAUGUACAAUCGUUUGCCGAAGGAGGAACUCUGAAUUCUGAGAAUGAGCCCCAAAAACUAGAGGACUCAGCAGAUCACAGGAUGAUAUCAGGAAAACAGGAGGAAAACAAAGUCAUACUUGACCCCCAAGAACCAGAAUCCAGUGCAGAUGCUCUUCCUCUCAGCAGAGAUGCAAUGAAAGCCACUGGGCCUGAGAAUAGAGUGGAGGAAAAAAUUGGAAGUACCCCAGCAGAGGGCAGUGUAGGCCCACAGAUCAGUGAGGUCAAGCCUGGAGCAGUGACCGAAGCUAAGGAUUUCCCUGCAGCUUCUAGCCCCACUGAAAAUGCAACGGAGUCUGAAAAUGCACGUGAUAAACUGGAGAGUAGGAGAGCCCAACGUCUGAGGAGAGGAGACUCCAGGCGAACAUCGCAGAACUCCUCAAACAAUGUCAAGCUCUCUGAUGACGAUGACUCGGACGCCAUGGUGGACGACCCCAAGGACGCGGACUUCGUCCCUCACGCGACGACGCUGCCCCGCCGCUCCCCCCGGGUGACCAUGCGGAACCAGAGGGCGGCGAGCAGCCCCUACUCGGCCCCCGAGCCCGCCCCCCACACGGCGGCCCGAAACUCCUCCCCCUCGAGCGCCACUCACGGCCACGCCCAGAGGCCAGGGGCCUGCCCCAGCUUACCGCGGAACGCGCCGCGGUCGGCCACCAAGAUGCACUGCGCCCACUGCCGCACCCCCCUGCAGAAGGGCCAGACGGCCUACCAGCGCAAGGGCAUGCCUCAGCUCUUCUGCUCCUCCACCUGCCUCUCCUCCUAUGCCAAGAGACCGCCUAGGAAAAAGCCUUGUGUCUUCUGUAAAAAGGAUAUCGGAAAUGUUAAAGAAACAGUUUUUGCCCAGACGGGACCGUCCAGCUCCUUCCAGGAAUUUUGUAAUAAUAUCUGUCUUUCGCUGUACGAGGCCCAGUUUGAGACGCGAGCCCCGUUGAUAACGGAUCCCGCCGCACCGAAAUGCAGCAUCUGUCACAAAGUGGGGGAGAUGCUCCACGAGGUGAGCAGCGGGAACAUGGUGCACCACCUGUGCAGCGACGCCUGCUUCAACCGUUUCCGUGCCACCAAGGGCCUGAAGACCAGCUGCUGCGACAGCUGCGGGCUCUACAUCUACGCCAAGGCCGCCCGCGCCGAGUACCUACUCCACGACGGGCAGCAGAGGCGCUUCUGCAACACCACCUGUCUGGCUCAGUUUAAGAAGAAAAACACUAAAGUGCUCCCGUGCCAGUGGUGCAAGACUCUUUGCAAGAACUUCGACAUGCUGUCCAACCCCGAUGGCAACGGGAAAACGCUGCUCUUCUGCUCGGUGUGCUGCAUCACGUCUCACAAAGUGAAAAGCACCUGGGACGCCGCUCCUGCUCGACCGUGCGGCUUCUGCAGACGCGCGCUCUCCGAACCCGCGUACUACUACAAGACCGACCAGGUCGUCUACCAGUUCUGCAGCCCUAGCUGCUGGACCAAAUUUCAGAACAACAGCCCCGACGGUGAUAUUCACUUAAGUUGCCACUCCUGCCAUACCAUGUUUAACGGGAAACCAGAAAUUCUCGAUUGGCAGGACUCCAUCUUCCAGUUCUGCUGUAAGGAGUGCUGCGAGGACUACAAGCGGCUGCACGGCGUGGUGAUCGUCUGCGAGCACUGCAAGCAGGAGAAGCUGCUGCACGACAAGAUCAGGUUCUCCGGCGUGGAGAAGAACUUCUGCAGCGAAGGCUGCAUCUUGCUGUACAAGCAAGACUUCACCAAAAACCUGGGCCUGUGUUGCAUCAACUGCACGUACUGCUCCCAGACCUGCACGAGGGCCGUCACCGAGGAGCUGGACGGAAACACGUGGGACUUCUGCAGCGAGGACUGCAAAAGCAAAUACGUCCUCUGGUACCUGAAGGCUGCCCGAUGCCACGCCUGCAAAAGGCAGGGCAAGCUCCUGGAGACCAUCCACUGGAGGGGGGAGAUAAAGCACUACUGCGACCAGCGCUGCCUUCUGCGCUUCUACAGCCAGCAGAACCAGCCCAACCUGGACACCCAGCGGGGCCCGGAGAGCCUGCUCAACAGUCAAUCCCCAGAGUCUCCCCCUACCACUGCAAAGAAAGUUGAAGUCACAGUAAAGGUGCCGCCAGCUCGCCUUUCCCCAUCGCCUUCUCCUCCACUCCCACCCUCUCCUAACGAACCUCAGAAGAACAAAGCGUCCAUCUGCAAGCCCUCAACGGAGACCAGAUGUGUGACCUGUAAGCCUAAAACCAGGUCGCAGGGUUGCCAGACAGACGAUUUUGUGAUGCCCCAAACCUUCAUGCUGCCCAUCCCGGUGCCUGUCUUCAUCCCUGUGCCACUGCACCUGUACUGCCAGUACACCCCUGUACCCCUCACCCUGCCCCUGCCGGUUCCCGUCCCCAUGUUUCUGCCCACAACCCUGGAGAACGCGGAUAAGAUCGUAGAGACCAUCGAGGAGCUGAAAGUCAAGAUCCCAUCAAACCCCCUGGAGGCGGAUAUCCUCGCCAUGGCCGAGAUGAUAGCUGAGGCCGAAGAGAUGGGCAGAGCCUCUUCCGACCUGUGUGAUUUGUCCAGUAACCAGAGUGCAGAGGGCUUGCUGGAGGACUGUGAUCUGUUCGGCCCAGCCCAAGAUGAUGUGCUGUCCAUGGCGGUCAAGAUGGCGAAUGUUUUGAACGAGCCUGUUCCAGAAGAUCUGAGUGCUAGCCUCCCUAAAACUCCUCUAGACUUGAACCCCAGUGUUGAGUUCCUGUUUGACUGUGGGAUGGUUACACCAGACAGCGAUCGUCCAGAACAUGAGCUCCCUGCAGCGGUGCAGAAGGGAUCAAAGCAACUCAGGCUGUCGGAGAGCUCUUCCAGGGACCCUCUACCUGCCCCAGCCAGAGGCACAGGGUUAAGCUGCACGUUUGGGGUCAAUGCUUGGAAAACCUGGGCCCACAGCAAGCAGCCAGCUUCAGAGGAGAGAAAAGCGAAACAAGUUAAAAUAAAAGAGGACCUUCUUUCUUGUACGGCUGCUGAGCUUAAUUAUGGUCUGGCGCAGUUUGUGAGAGAGGUCGCGAGUUCUGAUGGAGAAGGCUACCAGGCGGACAUUGUGUACUACAUGUGUCUUGGGAUUCAGCAGUACCUUCUAGAGAACAACCGGAUGGUGAACAUCUUCACAGAUCAGUACUACCUGACCUUUGUGCAGGAACUGAAUAAGAUACUGAGCAGGUGGCAGCCCAGAAUGUCUCCAAAUGGUGACCCUUUGUCGCAGGUGGAAGAGGAGCAUCUGUGGGAGUGCAAGCAGCUGGGCGUGUACUCGCCCUUCGUCCUCCUCAACACCCUCAUGUUCUUCAACACCAAGUACUUCGGCCUGCGGACCGUGGAGCAGCAUCUCCAGUUGUCCUUCAGCAACGUGGUGCGGCAGUGCAAGAGAAACUCCACGUCGCAAGGCCCCGCUAAGAUGCUCAGCAUCUGCUACCUCCCCAGCCACCGGCAAAGGACAGCCAAAGAGAGCAGUCUGGGAAAGAGGAAGCGAGAGGAGGACGUGGUGGAGCUGGAACAGCAGGAGAACAGGAUGAACCCCCUCAGAUGCCCUGUCAAAUUCUUUGAGUUCUACCUUUCCAAGUGCUCCGGGAGCGCGCGCAACCGCAGCGACGUGUUCUACCUGCAGCCGGAACGCUCGUGCGUGGCCGAGAGCCCGCUCUGGUACUCGGCCCUGCCCAUGGACCGGGGCACGCUGGGGAACAUGCUCAACAGGAUCCUGGCCGUCCAGGAGAUCUACGGAGACCACGCUGCACAAGGGAACCUGGACUGAUCGUCCAUCCUGCUCCUGUUUUCUGCACUGCCCCCCACCCCCGUCCCUCCUUCCCCUCCCGCCCUGUCCCCCCCCCCCCAGACUUCUACUUUCACAUGUGUGUGCCGGAGACUAUGAGCGUGAAGCCACUUGGAUCAAAACAAACUGUGGCGUCGGGACGCUCCAAAAUGGCGGGAAGAGCCGGUUCGCUAUUCUGCGCUGCCCCAGAAAAAAAGAAACUCAACUCCCGUUUAGAAAAUGUUGCCUUGCGGCUGGCUGGCUGCAGGCGAAGACUCGUGCUAUGGUCAUCUGACUGUUCGCCACAGAAGUGGGUUAAUUUUGCACAUUGCAUUCAUUACACAAGGUUUUUUUCUGAUUUUCCCGCACCGUCAGAGUGAAAUCUGCUUCAGCCGGUAUUGCGAUUCCGAGGACGAGGCCUUGUUGUUACUGAAAUAAAGUUUGAGCGCUCCACCCUGGUUUACUGUACAGAUGUAUAUUUAUCUUUCAGUUUGUUUAUCAACCAAUCAAAAGCAUUUCUGGACUCCCAUGCUCGAUUAAUCCUACCAUAAAGUGCUUACUUGGUAAUUUGGACCAAUGAUUUGAUUUGGUUUCAUUCUACAAUAAUUUGAACUAAAUAAUUGAGUGACUGAAAUAUUAGCCAAAAAAUGAGAAGUAUUUUGCUUAUUCCUCACUGUAAACAGUGGUAUAGACAGAGAAGACUAACUUGCAUGUUUUCUUGUAAGUGAUGUAAUUUGGCUUUUUUUAUCAUGAAGAAGGCUGCAUUUUCUGUUCAAUCAUAAAAUAUUUUAAUACUGUUCCUAUAUAGUUACAUUAUAUAUAUUGAGCUGUUUGAAGAGUUCCUGUUAUACCUUUGGGUUUGAGUAUAUGUACAAGGGGCUGCGAGUCACCAGCACAAAUUGUGAAAUUCAUUUUCUGUUGUCAUUAAAGCAAACUGCAGUAAGGUGUUCAGAACCACUUUUUUUAAGCUUCAAACUUAAAGGAACUACUGGAGCGGGUUACAGUUGAUGCUGCCUUAAUUUCCUGACAUAAUUGCGUAAAAGCAGAAUUCGUUUUUUUGUUUGAUUUUCAUUUUUACUGAACUUGUUUCACCCUGUGUUUGCAAUAGCUGAGAAGAGAAUUGGCUGUACUGUAAGUUUGUAUCGUGACCAGAGGAGGCGAGCAAUGAACAUGAAGGCAAAUUUUGCUGUGUCUGUUCCUAGUUUGCAUAUGAACUGUAUUUAUAUUAAACGUACUUCCCAGCUUGGUUACACUUAGUAUGGCCUCGCUGAUGCCUUGCAUUAGAAAGUUAAAUACUGUCCAGUUGUUUUUACGUGUCCUGAGGGGGUACUGCUGAUAUCCUACUUAAUCAAGUGCUUUGUCAGCCAUGUUCUAUAAUGGAGAUACCAAGAAAAUAUAUGGUUGUCUGAUCCUCUGACACAUGUUGAUACUGCGUCAGCCUGUUCCAGCAGCACGCAUAGACUUGCGUAGACUCGCAUGUCAAGAGCUGUGAGCAUUUUCAAACACCGAACCGGAUGUUAUAAUAAAGUUCUCUACAGUUGGUUCA